AGAAAAUGGGAAUAUUCGGGAACAAAAAACAUAAGUUUUCAGGUUUUAAAGGGGACCUAUCGGAGCAACAGGAAGAUAGACUCCAGGAGUUUAAGGAUAUUAUCAGGGAAGAAAAGCUGACUCAAGAUCCAAGAUACGAUGACUAUUAUCUGCUCAGGUUCUUAAGAGCAAGAAAGUUUAAUAUGAAAAAGACUUUGGAAAUGUUUAAAAAGUUCCUUGACUGGAGAAUUGAGAAUAGAGCUGAUGAUGCUAUCUGGAUUGACUGUUGUCCCUCCAUGGAUAAAAUUAAGGAGUUUUAUGAAUUUGGAUACCAUGGAACUGACAAACAGGGAAGGCCGUUAUCCAUUGAUAAGCCAUGUUCAUUUGACAUCGAUGAUGUCCUUGCAAUAGCAACUAAAGAAGAGCUCUAUGCCUUUUAUGUCAAAGAAUAUGAAACCACUGUUCAUAUUAGACUCCCAGCAGCUUCAACAGCUGCUGGAAGAAAGAUUGAACAGACUUUCAACUUGUUCAGUAUCAAAGGUUUCACCAUGAAGAAAUUGAGAGAGAAAUCGAGAAACAUCAUCAAGCUAGCCAUUAGCAUCGGCCAAGAUAAUUACCCAGAAAUCAUGGGAAGGAUGUUAAUUGUAGAUUCACCUCUCUUCUUCAGAGGGGCUUGGGCUCUGAUUAGCCCUUUUAUCGAUGAAAAGACUAGGAAGAAGAUCUCCAUACUGGGGAGCAAGUACCAUAAACAACUGUUUGAGUAUGUUGACCCAGAAAAUGUCCCUGUUGAUAUGGGUGGAGAAUGCACCUGAGAAAAUGAAGGGGGAUGCUACUUCUCCCACAAAGGCCCCUGGAAAGAAUACCCAGCUGAUGAAUUCGGUGAAGCUGGUAAAGAAAAACUGUUAGAAAUGAAACAGAAGGAAGAGUCUAAAAGUCCAAGCUCAUCUCAAAGCUCUCAAUCAGAGAGUGAAGUUGGUGCAGGUAUCCCUUCUUUUGAAAAUAACAGAGAGGUUUCUGUAAAUAUGGUGAAUGUUGAUCUCGAAGCUAACAAAACCAAUAACGAAGAGAGAGAAAGUGUGCCUGAACAUCAACAGCCAAUUGAAAAGAAGAAGAAAAGGAGAGCUUCAAUUUUUUGCUGUAAAAAGAAAAGAUAUGAAAGUGAUGAGGAUUAA